AUGGAUCUUGAAUACACGGUAACAGAAACCUUGACAUCUUUAGGUGGUAGAGUCAGCGAGAUCAAUUAUGAAUUCGAAGAAAUUACCGUGGAAGCUAUUUCACUUGGAUUAAGCACGAAAAGAGAACGUCGUGCUCGAGCAUAUAGCGCUCGGAUUUCACGUGACCAGUAUGCUGCGUUAAGUCGAGCAAUGUCGGUUUCGCUAUCAUUCGACGAUUUUGUUCAAGUUUUACGUCCAUUUAUGAUGGGAUUUUAUAGAAAUCGUGAAUUGGAACAAGCGUUUGGUAUAUUAGAUAGAGAUCAUUCUGGUUUGGUUCAUAUAGAUGAAUUAAAUGUAUUUUUACCAAUUAUUAAUCAAUAUGCCACUGGUGACACCUUAAAAUCUUAUGUGCGAAAAGUCUAUUCGAAUAUUGAAAAUAAUUUAACUUACGAUGAGUUUCGCACAUUAAUAUUGCGAGGCAUUGGUCGCGAUAUUCUUUGUAAUAACAUCUGA